CCAUCUUUCUCAUUGUCUUCUGAAUAUAAAAUAUCAAAAAGAAAAAGGGAAAAGAGAGUCAAUACUCAAAUAUAUACAUGCAAGUGUGAAAGAGAGAGAGAGCCUCCUCUUCUCACUCAGUUACCCCAAUAUUAGGGUUUCCCAUCUUCAUCUUCCCCAUCACUCUCUGAAAGAGAAUAAGAGAGAGAGAAAGAGAGAAAGAAAAAAAGAAAAAUCAUUAAUUCUUAAGAGAGAGAGAGAGACUGAGAACGAAGAGCAAAGGAGAGAGAAGUUAAGACAAUUUCCGCUUUCGUUCUCUUUCUCUCUCCUCCAUUUCAGUAAUAAACUCCCUUAAUUUUCUGGGUUUCUUCUUCUCCCUCAUCAUCAUUUUUAGUUAUUUUGUUUCGAAAAAAGUUUCUUCCCUCUUUUGUUUUCCUGUGAUUCAGUUCUCGAUCCACUCAAACCUAUUUCGUGAAAUAUCUCGAUCUUUAUUCGCUUAAUUCUCUGGUGUUUUUGAUGAACUUCGGUAGCCUCUUCGACAAUACGACCGGUGGUGGUCCCACCGGAGCUAGAAUCCUCUCCGGUUUAACUUAUGGCAAUCACACCACCGCAACCACCGUAAUACCCGGCGGUGCUAUGGCUCAAGCGGCAGCAGCAAGCCUCUUCUCUCCUCCUAUAACUAAAUCUGUUUACGCCUCAUCAGGACUUUCUCUAGCUCUCGAGCAACCCGAGAGAGGGACAAACCGUGGAGAAGCAUCGAUGAGGAACAAUAACGGAGGAGGCGAUAAUUUCGAUGGCAGUGUGAACAGAAGAAGCCGAGAGGAGGAGCAUGAGAGCAGAUCUGGAAGUGAUAACGUCGAAGGAAUCUCCGGCGAAGAUCAAGACGCCGACGAUAAACCUCCAAGGAAAAAACGUUACCACCGACACACUCCUCAACAAAUCCAAGAGCUCGAAUCCAUGUUCAAAGAGUGUCCACAUCCAGACGAGAAACAACGACUGGAACUAAGUAAGAGACUUUGCUUGGAGACAAGACAAGUCAAGUUCUGGUUCCAGAAUCGUCGGACGCAGAUGAAGACUCAAUUAGAGCGGCACGAGAACGCAUUGUUGAGACAAGAGAACGACAAGCUAAGAGCUGAGAACAUGUCUAUUCGCGAAGCAAUGAGGAAUCCAAUCUGCACCAAUUGUGGUGGUCCCGCCAUGCUCGGCGAUGUCUCUCUUGAAGAACAUCAUCUCCGUAUCGAAAACGCCCGUUUAAAAGACGAGCUCGAUCGCGUCUGUAACCUCACCGGAAAAUUCCUCGGCCACCACCACCAACACCACCCCUCCUCCCUCGAGCUCGCCGUCGGCAACAACAAUGGCGGAAAUUUCUCUUUCCCUCCUGAUUUCGGCAGUGACGGUUGCUUACAGAUGCCGCAGCAGCAACAACCGACGGGAAUCAACGGGAUUGAUCAGAGAUCAGUUUUGCUGGAGCUGGCUUUAACCGCCAUGGAUGAGCUUGUGAAGCUCGCUCACAGUGAAGAACCGUUAUGGGUCAAAAGCUUAAACGGAGAGAGAGAUGAGCUUAACCAAGAAGAGUACAUGAGAACAUUUUCGUCCACUAAACCAACCGGUUUAGUAACCGAAGCUUCUAGAACCUCCGGGAUGGUCAUCAUCAAUAGCUUAGCUCUCGUCGAGACUUUAAUGGACUCCAAUCGAUGGGCGGAGAUGUUUCCGUGUAACGUUGCAAGAGCCACAACAACCGAUGUUAUCUCCGGCGGAAUGGCCGGAACAAGAAAUGGUGCACUUCAACUGAUGAAUGCGGAGCUACAGGUUUUGUCACCGCUGGUUCCGGUUCGCAACGUCAAUUUCCUCCGGUUCUGCAAACAGCACGCGGAGGGCGUGUGGGCAGUGGUUGACGUAUCAAUUGAUACCGUCCGGGAAAACUCCGGUGGCUCUCCGGUCAUAGUCCGGCGAUUACCAUCUGGCUGUGUAGUGCAAGAUAUGUCCAAUGGAUACUCGAAGAUCACGUGGGUUGAGCAUGCACAGUACGACGAGAACCAAAUCCACCAGUUGUACCGGCCAUUGAUUGGGUCAGGACUUGGUUUUGGUUCGCAAAGAUGGGUCGCCACACUUCAGCGACAGUGCGAGUGUCUCGCCAUCCUCAUGUCCUCCGUUACACCUCACGACAACACAUGUCCGUUUUCUUAUACACUUAUCAAAUCUCAAACUAUAACGCCCGGUGGUCGGAAAAGCAUGCUCAAGUUAGCUCAACGUAUGACGUUCAACUUCUGUUCCGGCAUCUCUGCGCCAUCGGUCCACAGUUGGAGCAAGCUCACUGUCGGAAACGUCGACCCGGACGUUAGAGUUAUGACCCGAAAGAGUGUGGACGAGCCGGGGAUUAUUCUGAGUGCUGCCACAUCUGUGUGGCUUCCUGCUUCCCCACAGAGCCUGUUUGACUUUUUGCGGAACGAACGGAUGAGAUGCAAAUGGGAUGUUCUAUCUAACGGUGGUCCCAUGCAGGAGAUGGCCCGCAUCGCCAAAGGUCAAGAUCAAGGCAACUCCGUUUUUCUGCUCCGCUCCAACCCUAUGAACGCGAACCAGAGCAGUAUGCUAAUUCUUCAGGAGACGUGCAUAGACGCAUCUGGGGCGCUUAUAGUCUACGCGCCUGUUGAUAUCCCAGCCAUGCAAGUUGUGAUGAACGGUGGGGAUUCAUCCUACGUGGCUCUCCUUCCAUCCGGUUUCGUUGUCCUCCCUGACGGUGGAUUCAGCGACGGUGGGCAGCGACCGGUCGGUGGUGGGUCUCUCUUGACGGUGGCGUUUCAGAUACUUGUGAACAAUCUCCCAACGUCAAAACUCACGGUUGAGUCGGUGGAGACGGUCAAUAACCUAAUAUCAUGCACGGUUCAAAAGAUCAGAGACGCUCUUCAGUGCGAAAGCUAGAGCCUCAAGGGAGAGCGCGUGUGUUUGUUGUCUUUAUUGAAUUGUGAAUUUAAAUAACUUGUGGUGGUUUUGUACUCUUUGUUUUUGUUUUAUAAUUAUAGUUUGGGAGGGGGUGUCGAGUCAAGAACGAACCGCGCGGGUGGCGAAAUCCAACUCCUUUUGUCACCGUCUUGGGACCUAAUGGCUCCGGUCCGAUCACGGUGGAGGAGUUGGUGGUUCGGGUAUUGACUGGGGUUGGAAAACCCCCUUUUUAUCCUUUUGUUUGUUUAUUAUUAUUAUUAUUAUUAUGUUAUGGAGUAAGCGAGAGUGAGCCACACACGCCGUCAUGUGCGGGUGUGUUGUGGUCUGCUAACGCGGGCUGGGGUUUUAUUAGUAUGUGGUUGGACUUUGGAUGGAUCUGGUCCGUUUCAAGUUAUAUAAGUAAAAAAAAAGGUGUCUCGUGGUGCAUUAAAUGUGUUUGCAGGC